AUGAAUUUAUUCUCUACUUUAUCAAUUCUCUUCCCUCCCACCACAAGAGAAAGACCAGAAAAAUUCCCUCUACCACACCCUCAAUUCUUCAGUCUUGUUCAUUCAAUGACUGGUUCUAAGAAGCUCCAAGUUGGAACAGAUGAUGAAAGUCCACACAAAUGGUGUGUUCCAUUGGGAGAAGAUGUUUUCAGAAGAUUAUUCGGCCAUGGCAAUCCAACAGUGCACAAGAUUUUUGGUGAUGCAUCACUUUUCAGUCCAAUGUUGUUCGGGAAGUUCUUUGAUCCUUCUGAUGCCUUCCCUCUUUGGGAGUUUGAGUCAGAUAUCUUGCUGUCUCAUCUGAGAAGCUCCAACCAAAACACUGUGGAUUGGUAUCAAAAAGAUGAAGCUUACAUGUUAAAGGCAGAAAUACCAGCAACUGGGAUGAGUAACAUUGAAGUCCAUGUUGACAAUGGGAAGGUUGUGGAGAUUAGUGGAGAGUGGAAGCCACAAAAAGAAUCAAAGGCAAGUGAUUGGAGGUGUGGCCAUUGGUGGGAAUAUGGAUAUGUUCGAAGGUUAGAGGUUCCAGAAGAUGCAGACUUGAAGAUCAUUGAAGCUCUCAUACGUAAUAACAGAUUUUUGGAAGUACGAAUACCAAAGUGUAUUCAUGGAAAGGAUGUGGUUUCAAGCAGAGUAAACUUAAGAGAAUAA